GCCGCACGCUCCCAGGACGCGAGUCGUCCUGACGUCAGAAUAGUGGCGGCAGCACCAGGAGGGUCAACCGAAGCGCGCAGGUAACAGUCACAACCGCCGUCGAUCAUGUCCAACCCUGGCCUAAUGCGACGCAUCCCUCAGCCACCCACUUCCGUACUAGUAUGCAUCAAGGUGGUGCUGUGCAUCCUGCCCAUUGCUCAGAUUUCAAUUGGAUCUGUCCACUUGAACGACUGUCCCCGGCAGCAUUACAUACCGAUCUACCUGAUUGUGGUGGGAGUGUUUGGACUCAUCCUGGCCCUGCUUGCCUGUCUGCCCGGCUCUCAGCCCAAAGACGACAAUUCAAGUACAUUCAACCUCAUAUGCAGGACCUGGAACUCUCUUGUCUCGUUCUUCCUGCUCUGCUGGUUCAUCGCAGGUAACGUGUGGAUCUACACAAUCUACCAACCAAACUUCAAUAAAAACACGACGCACGUUGACCAGUACUGUGAUAAGACGCUCUACCAGUUUGCCUUCUGGACCACUACUCUGGUCUACAUCCUGCUGGCUUCCUUCCUCUUCAUCAGCUGCUGCAUCAUCGUCUGCUUCUACCUGUGUGGCCGUGCUGAUCCCGAUGACGCUAUCUAGCAGCCUGUUGAAGAAACGCGGCUUAAAAGUCUUAGAUAUGAGGAUGUCGUAUUCGUUUUUAUUGUUGACUCAUUGACAUUUUACCUUUUCUGAUGCAUUGGCAGCGCUUCUGUCAAAUGUUUACUGAUGCAACGACUAACCCUGACUUACCCUGGUUUACAUGGAGUUGCUCAAUAUACAGCAUAACUGAGAAUGAUCCACAAUGUUUCAUUAGAAACAUGUGAACCCUGCUGUCUUCUAGACUACCACUGUUACAGAUACACAAGGUCAUUUAUGUUGUGUGGGCCACAAUGUUGACGCUGACAGUGUAAUCUUCAGAGUAAUGCCUCGAGAAAAUGUUGCCUUCUAUAUGUUACUUCACUUAAAAUAAAUCUCAUAGUAAAAUA